UUGAAUUAUUAUGCGCAUGCGUAUAUUGGUACGAUAUUGUAUUUUGCUUUUCGCCUUCAAAGGGAAAGCGAACAAGUGUCUUUGAAAAAAUCUCAAUUAUUUUUGCUUUAUAAAUAACAUGGAUGACACACAAAAGUACACCGAUGAUGAUUUGCCCAUGCAAACAGAUAUCUUGAAUAUGACGACAAUGAAAAAGAAGGUUAACACAAAUUAUUUACAAGAGAAUGAAGAUUGUCUACAAAUGUUUGAAAAAUGGACGGAAUCAGAGCAAGUUGAGUUUGUUGAAAAGCUCCUAUCACGAAUGUGUCAUUAUCAACAUGGACACAUCAACUCCUACUUAAAACCAAUGUUACAGCGCGAUUUCAUCACUUCUCUUCCAGAAAAAGGUCUCCAUCAUAUUGCUGAGAAUAUAUUAUCAUAUUUGGAUGCCAAAUCAUUGUGUGCUGCUGAGCUCGUAUGUAGGGAAUGGUCACGUGUUAUCAAUGAUGGAAUGUUAUGGAGAAAGUUGAUUGAAAGAAAAGUCAGAACAGAUUCAAUGUGGAAAGGUUUAUCAGAAAGAAAAGGAUGGGCACAGUAUUUAACUAAGGGUAAAUGUGAUGAUCCACAAACAAAUUCAUUCUUUCGCAAACUCUAUCCAGAGAUAAUAUCGGACCUUGAUUCAAUUGAAACAAACUGGAGAACAGGCAGACAUAAACUUCAUCGUAUAAGUUGUCAUAGUGAAAAUAGCAAAGGAGUUUAUUGUCUUCAGUAUGAUGAUGAAAAAAUUGUCAGUGGACUACGUGACAAUACAAUCAAGAUUUGGGAUAGAAAGUCAUUAGAAAGUACAUUGGUUUUAACCGGACACACUGGAUCUGUUCUUUGUUUACAAUAUGAUGAAAAUAUCAUUGUCACCGGAUCUAGUGAUUCUACUGUGAGAGUAUGGAACAUUCACAAUGCUGAAAUGGUGAACAAUCUUGUACAUCAUUGUGAAGCUGUGUUACAUUUACGUUUCCAAGAUGGUAUGAUGGUAACAUGUUCAAAAGAUCGUUCUAUUGCUGUGUGGGAUAUGCAUUCACCAACAGAUAUCAUCCUGAGAAGAGUUUUGGUUGGCCAUCGUGCAGCUGUGAAUGUUGUUGAUUUUGAUGACAAGUACAUUGUGUCUGCAUCUGGAGAUAGAACAAUCAAGGUCUGGAGUACAUCAACAUGUGAGUUUGUUCGUACUUUAAAUGGCCAUCGUCGUGGUAUUGCGUGUUUACAAUAUCGUGACAGAAUUGUUGUCAGUGGGUCUUCAGACAACUCCAUUAGAAUUUGGGAUAUUGAAUGUGGUGCGUGUUUGAGAGUUCUUGAAGGUCACGAAGAACUAGUUAGGUGCAUUCGAUUUGAUAACAAAAGAAUUGUGAGUGGAGCUUAUGAUGGAAAAAUUAAAGUAUGGGAUCUGAAAGCCGCAUUGGAUCCAAGGAUACCUCAAAAUGCUUUGUGCGUACGAACGCUUGUUGAACACACUGGUCGUGUUUUUCGUCUUCAAUUUGAUGAUUUCCAAAUCGUAAGCAGUUCCCACGAUGAUACAAUCCUUGUGUGGGAUUUUCUUAACUGUAAUGAUUCAAGUCAAUCGACAAGUAGAACUCUACGUACAGCUUCCAACCCUCCUGGAACAACAUCUAUAACGACAAGUGUGCUGAGGUAGCACAUGUGACUAGCAAGUAUUAUCCUCAACCUUAACUCAUGCAUUCUCUGCUUGUGCAAAUUAACAAAACUGUUUGACAAUGUACAUAUGCCUGUUUCCUUGAUACUGCUAUGAAGUUAUUGACGCGAGCAUCGUUCUGCGAACUUAGACGCUUGCUAAACUAAUUAUUGCCUUUGAAAUAUCCCUCAUUUCAACUUGUGCUGUGCUAAAUGAUAGUCAUAGUGCAGGACAGCUGUACAUAGAAAAUUUAGAAUUAUUGAUAAAGUUGUUUGAUGAAUUUAA